UGCAGCCAAGACACUAGUGUCGUCCCUGAGAAAUUUUCAGUGUGACAACUAGCCCCCUUCAUUUUCUAUUAUUGCGCGUGCGUGUGUGUUGGUGCUGAAGUUGCAUUGCAGGGGUGGGACUCCUGCAUUCAGAUCUUCAUCAUGCGCAGAGGAAAACCCAGACACACUUCAGUUCAGAUCUGAUCUAAACGCGCGCGCGUCAGAUGUGAUCGAAUCCUGCACGUGCGUCUGAUGCUAUAUUGCGCGUUAAUUGAUGGAUGAAAGUGUGCGCGAGCAGGAGAGGGAGAAACAGACACUGCUGAAGGUGGCACUAUGUCUGUACAGGGUCAGGAUAUUUCUGAAUAUCAUCUGAGCGUGGUGCUGAACCCGCCUGGCUGGGAAGUGUGUUUGUAUGUGUUUGGGUUCCUGGUUCUGUUUGCUGUGGUUAUAGUGAAUCUGUGGAAGUUAUAUAAAUCCGGCUCCUUCCCAACUCCCUCUCCAUAUCCAAACUUCCACUUCCGCUACCUGCAGGAGAAAUAUGGCUCCUCCCACUCUGAGAUCAGACAAAAGCGUGUUGCAGCUUCCAACCAGCGGAGGGCGUCCUCUGCGAGCCGAAAGCCGAGUCUCCAGCUGUUGGACACUCCAGAUGGUCUUCGGGAUCUCGGAACGCUGGAGCUGAUGAGCCGAGAGUUGGAUCAGAGCGGAGGCACGCUGAAUCGUUCCAUGUCCUCUGAAUCGCUGUGUUCCAUCUCUUCCGUCGCUCAAACCUUCGGGCACGACUUUACGGUGGGACAGCUGGAGGUCACGCUGGAGCUGGACACUCGAGCUUCACUUCUGCUCGUCUCACUGCACCAGGGUAAAGACCUGCUGGAGAAGGAGGAGGAGAACUUCCCUGGAUGCUACAUCACUGUCACUCUGGUUCCUCAGCAGAUCAGUCUGGGAGCCACACAGGUCAAGAGAAACGCCUUCACUGUGGUGUUUGACGAGCGGUUUUCUGUUCCUUUGGAUUCAGUAAAUCUGGAUGAGAACAGUCUGCGAUUCUCCACCUUUGCUGUCGAUUCAGACGAACGGAACAUCAGUGCUGGAGUGGCAGAACUUAAACUGUCGGAUCUGGACCUGACAUUCCGGCCGUUUAACGCCUGGCUCUACCUGCAGGACAUCAACAAGGCUGUGGAUGCUGUCGGGGAGAUCCUGUUGUCUCUCAGUUAUUUGCCGACUGCAGAACGUCUCACCGUUGUCAUUGCCAAAGCCAAGAACCUGGUCUGGACUAAUGGAAAGACCACAGCAGAUCCGUUUGUUAAGGUUUACCUGCUCCAGGACGGCAGGAAGAUCAGUAAAAAAAAGACAUCCAUAAAAAGGGAUGAUACCAACCCCAUCUUCAAUGAGGCUAUGAUCUUCUCAGUGCCAGCCAUCGUUCUGCAGGAUCUCUCUCUGAGAGUGACUGUCGCUGAGAGCACAGAGGACGGCCGUGGUGAAAACGUGGGUCAUGUGAUCAUCGGACCAGAGGCCAGUGGAAUGGGAAUAACUCACUGGAACCAGAUGCUGGCCACUUUGCGGAAACCAGUUUCAAUGUGGCACCCGCUCCGGAGGACCUAAGUUCUCCUGUCCUGACCCCUGACCUCUGACUCCUGUCUGCAUGGUGCCUACUGUCUAACUGUCCUAACAGUAAAGACAUUUGAAUAUGAACAGAAAAUCUUUGUGUCACAGCUGUCCCGAGGGUGGAUGGAUCUUUAAAGAGAGAAAGAGAGAGAAAUCGGCGGCUCAGGAUGUCUCAUCUGUAAGGGUCUUUGAAAUCCAGGUUUUCUUAUCCAGGUUAACUUCAUUUCUACAUAUGAUAACAGGGUGGCUGGUCUUAUGCUGCAGCCUUUGGGUGGAUAUUGCAGUAGCCACAUUCUGUUGUACUCAAACGUACAGCAUAAAAAAGGAAUAAGAAAUUAUUUGUUUGGCCAUAAAUAUUUAUUAUUAUUAUUAUUAUUAUUAUUAUUAUUAUUGGUAGUUUGAAUGGGCUUAUUUUUCUGCUUAAACAUUGUAAAAUAACAAAUUUAAGGCAUAACAACCUUGGGACUGUCUGUCCCUUUUCUCAGGCAAGUGCAGUGACACUUAUUAGCCUAAUAGUGGCGCCACUGAGCCACAUCACGUAUCAUAGACGCAGCAUUGAGGUGCUCUGUUUUUUUCCUUUUUCUUUUUUAAAAUUUAGUUGUCCAGCUUAUUUUAAGAUAUUUGUGUUAACCAAAUUUAAUGAAAGUACCAAACUGUAAUUAUUUAUUUUGGCUAAUAUAUUCUACCACUAGAGGGCGUGCAAGUACUUAAAAUCAAAAUCAGUGUUGGGGAAGUUGCUAAAAAAAGCAUUUUAAUAAUUAUCUCUUAUGUUUUGUAUUGCAUUGUGAUUACUUUUCUAGUUACUCUGAACGGUAAUAACAAUACGCAUUAAUUAAUAAAUUAAUUUAGUCAUUAACUUCUAAAAUACAAACUUUAACAGAUUAGUUUAAUGUGACCAAGUUGUUAAGUUCUUCAACAGAUUGCUUGUGCUGUUCAGUGCAGUUUUUGUCAGGGCAUAAGUUUGAAUUAAUAACACUAAUGCGUAUUACAGUACAAUGUAUUUCCCAUUUCGAGAAAAAAAAAAAAGCCAUGCUUUUCUACCAUCCUCACACUUGGUUAGCAUGUCAAAAUGAAAGAAAGUGCUUUUUGAUCAAUAGUAUAUUUGUUGUUGGACCUUAAAUAUCGUUGUUAAAUUAGCCUUAGUACAUAAAUAUCAUAUAUGUAGCGCAAAUAACUACAAAACAGUAACUGUUAUGGGAUUACUGAAAAAUAAAUAGUAAUUCCUUACGUUAUUUCAUCACAGAAACAUGUACUUUGUAGUUUUGUACUUUGUAAUGCAUCACCCCAACACUGCAUAAAAAAUACAUUAAUCAAACUGGAAAUGUAUAAACUACUAUAUAUUUCCUUUCACAUUCUCUGAGUUUUCUCGUAAGUGUUUUAACUGCCGCAAUAAUUAAAGUUUUAUGAUGACAGAAUGUAAAAACUUCACACCAAAAUCUGUGAAUCACAUCCUACAUCGUAAACACCUGAAAUGUUUUGUAGAAUGAGUAACAGAUUUGAGCUUCUUGCAGUGAAGUCAUUUGAUUUGAUGAAGUGCUGCAAAUGCCGUGAUUCAUUUUUACUACUAACAAUAUUUUAAGCUUGUCACCAUUAAACUUCAUUCUGUGCCAAAUUCACCCUAAUAGAAGCAAUAUUCUCAUUUGCAGUGUACAUCUGAUGUUGGUGAACUUUAGAUUUAAAGAAUGAUAAAACAUAACUUUAUGAUGCAUGCACAUGUAAUGUAGAACAUACUGCAAUCAAAUGAAUUGUUUAAAUAAAAAUGCUUUAUGUGGUUUGUUUCA